UGUUGGAAUAGACCAAGUUGGAUUUUACAUGGUAUUUGCUAGAAAUAUUGGGGUACAAUCUGUAUUUCCUUAAGAAAAGUCAGGAAAAGCUGCGAGCAGAUUCUUACAACAAUAUAAAGGCAUCGAAUGACUUUGGAGUGUCACCCAAAGACGGGGGAAAGCCAUUUAUUUUGCCAUCAACUUUUAUUGGCGGUCCUAGGUACAUUUCUGAGAUCUACCAGGAUUCAAUGGUCAUUACACGGUUUCAUCAUCAUCCAGAUAUCUUCCUAACAAUGACUGCAAAUCCUCGGUGGCCAGAAAUACAGGAUGCACUAUUAUCCCGUCAAUAUGCUUCGGAUCGCCCUGAUCUUAUAGCAUGUGUCUUCGAGAUGAAGAGAGUUGCAUUGAUGAAAGAAAUCAAAAAAGGAAAUGUGUUUGGAACAGUUGUUGCGCACGUUCACACGGUCGAAUUUCAAAAGCGUGGUUUACCCCAUAUGCACGCUCUUAUAUUCUUGGAUGGCCCUGAAAAAAUUCACACCAUUGAACAAGUCGACAAGUUUGUUUCUGCGGAGUUUCCAGACGAAGAAACUGAUCCAGUUUUGUUUGAGACGGUUAGAAAGUGCAUGGUACAUGGACCAUGUGGCCCAGAUUCCAUGUGCAUGAAAAAUGGAAGAUGCAGCAGAGGCUAUCCAAAAAAAAUUUUAGAAAGAACAAGUCUGGAUGAAGGAGGGUAUCCAAUCCAUCAUCGACGCCACGAUGGUAAAGAGGUGAUUAUCCGCAAAGGAUUCAAACCAAAUAACACAAAUGUUGUAUCGUACAACCGUUAUUUGUCCAGGAUGUUCAAUUGCCACAUUAAUGUUGAGGUCUGUGGUGGUGUUAGAGCUGUUAAAUAUAUACACAAAUAUAUCUAUAACGGCCACGAUCGCGAAACAUUAAUUGUCGGUGGAUGUGACGAGGUGCAACAGUACAUUGAUGCAAGAUAUAUUGGUCCACUUGAGGCCGCAUGGCGUUUAUAUGGUAAAUGGAUGCAUGAAGAAGAACCUACUGUUGUUCGACUGGCUAUUCAUCUUCCCGGUCAACAGAGAUUUGUGUACGAUCCAAAUAACCCAAUAGAUACAGUUAGUACUGCUGCGGAGAACUAUAAGUCAACAUUGAUGGCAUACUUUGAUUACUAUUGUAACAAUCCUACAACAAAAGCAUAUACCUACCAAGAUUUUCCCCAGCAUUUUAGGUGGAAUAAAGGAAUAGAUUGGACAUCAAGGAAGCGAGGUUUUGCUAUAGCAAGGAUGUACUGGGUAAGCCCUAAUGCAUGUGAAUUGUAUUACCUGCGUUUAUUACUAACCGUUGUUGCUGGUGCAAGUUCUUUCGAUAACCUGGAAACAGUUGUGGAUGGCAAAGUUAGAAAACAACACCGUACAUUCAAAGCAGCAUGCAUCGCGCUAGGGAUUUUAGGAGAUGACAGGGAAUGGUUUAAAUGUCUAGAAGAAGAAGCGGUAAUGAAAACUGGAGUGCAAUUAAGAAAACUUUUCAAAAUAAUUCUUCGUGACUGCAAUCCAACUCAGCCAGAUGUUCUGUGGUCAAAGUUUGGGUUGAUAACAUGUGAUGAUCUACAUUUCAAAAUUCAGGUGAAGUAUAAUAUUCGUAAUCCAACUGAUGAGCAGGUACUUGAUUAUGGAUUGUAUCUGUUGGAUAAUCAGUUGCUUGAAUAUGGCAAAUCUCUUGAAGAUUUUGAAGAUAUGCCAAGGCCACAACUGACUUGGAGUGAUGAGGUUGGUGACAAGUUUAUAUGGGAGCAUCGGUGCCUCCAACUCGCAGUAUGUAGUUCCGAGGUUGAUAAAAACAUUAAAAAGUUGAAUCCAGCUCAAUUGUCAGCGUACAAUUCAGUAAUUGAUUCCGUGAAGAAUGUUGAUGGAAAACUGUUCUUUCUCAACGGCAUUGUGGGAAGUGGUAAGACAUUCCUAUAUAACACAUUGGCAUCGAGCUGCCGCAGGGAUGGACACAUUGUUUUGACCACUGCUUCGUCUGGAAUUGCUUCACUUCUUUUGGUGGGAGGUCUCACAGCACAUUCAACGUUUAGAAUACCCAUAGAAAUAAAUGAGACCAGUGUUUGUGGGCUUGACAAACAGGAUCCGCAGUCUAAACUCCUUGAACAGGUAAAACUAAUUAUAUGGGACGAAGUCCCAAUGUAGCAUAGGUUCUGCGUUGAAGCAGUUGAUCGAACAUUGCGUGAUAUUCGGUAUAAGGAAAGACCAUUCGGUGGGAUUAUCGUUGUUCUAGGCGGAGACUUCUGACAGUACCCGGUAGUUGUAGUGAAAAGGUUGUUGGGGCGUGACGGUCCUGUCACUUCAUCAGAAUAUGCGUUUGGAUGCACUUGAACCGGAAAAUGUGGCUUUUGCAAAAUACCUGACUGAGAUUGGCGAUGAUCCAAAGGAAGAUGUUGAUCUACCUCUGUCCGUAACUAGGUGCAAAGAUAUGGCUGGACUAAUAAACAGUCUUUAUCCAUGGCUGGAAACAAAAGAAAGGGUAUUUUCAGAACGCUUCACUGAACGGGUGAUACUGUCAGCACGUAAUGAGGAUGUACACAAGAUAAAUGCAGCAGCUAUGAAUGUCUUGGAUGGGGAUAUGUACACAUACCUAGGUGCAGACAAACUUAAUGCAGAUGAUGCUGGCAAUACUCAGCGACUGAAUAACGAAUUCCUGUAAAAUUUAAACCCACCUGGAAUGCCUAGGUUCAAGCUGGAAAUCAAGGUUGGAUGUCCAAUCAUGGUCCUGAGAAACCUAGCACCCUCAGAAGGUCUUUGUAAUGGUACUAGGUUGUUGGUCACUAGGUGCGGACAACACGUGAUAGAAGCCAAGAUUUUGACAGGUGAUAAAGCAGGUGAAAGAUUCAAUUGGGCCAGAAUUGUCAGAGUACCACUCAAGUAUUGUUUUUUACGGCAAGGAGUUUCUUAACAAGCAUGGGGAAUCAGGGAUUUCCAGCCACAAACUAACACUGAAACUUGGAGUACCCAUCAUGCUUCUACGGAAUCUAGACCAAGUGGAAGGACUAUGCAAAGGAACAAGAUUAAUUGUGACCCAAUUAGGUAAAACAGUUAUAGAAGCAGAGAUACUAACCGGUCCAGGUGGUGGAAACACAGUUUUCAUUCCACGGAUUGUGAUGACUACACCCGAAACAAGUCUACCAUUUAUUCUGCAUCGGAGGCAGUUUCCAGUGAGAAUAUGUUAUGCCAUGACAAUAAAUAAAAGUCAGGGACAGAGCCUUCCAAAUGUAGGUGUAUACUUGGAAAACCCUGUGUUCUCGCAUGACCAGCUUUAUGUGGCUGUUUCAAGAGCAACUAGGCGACAAGGUUUAAAAAUUUUGAUCAAAAAGAAUGGUAAUGAGUUGUGUAUAAAGAGAUAUUUGAAA